CAGUGAGACUGUCGGGGCGGGUCGACACUCACUGAUUUACGUUACAUUAUUUAACUUUUAGAAUAUAUUGUGUUAAUUUCUAACAUUAGUGUAGGACAAAGGGAUCCGUCAGCCGUAGCCUGAGCCGAGUACUUAAGCCGCAAAAUGUUACACCUAAAGAAUAUCGCCAAAUCGGUGGUGCCCCUAAAAAACACAAUCCAAAAUGAGGCAGUCAAUACGCUCAGGAUCGCGCCCGCCGCCGUGAACAUCAGCUGCCGGAACUACGCCAACCAUGAGAUCCCUGACAGGCUCAAGGAGGUGGCGACCAGCGCCAACCCGCGGUUCUUCGACAUGGUGGAGUACUUCUUCCACCGCGCGUGCCAGGUCGUUGAGGACCAGCUGGUCGAGGACAUGAAGUCGAGGGUGUCCGUCGAGGAGAAGAAGAAGAAGGUUCGCGGUAUCCUGAACCUGAUGCAGCCGUGCGACCACAUCAUCGAGAUCCAGUUCCCCCUGCGCCGCGACUCCGGAGAUUAUGAGAUGAUCCGCGGAUACCGCGCGCAGCACUCCUCACACAGGACCCCCACUAAAGGAGGUAUCAGAUUCUCAAUGGACGUGACGCGCGACGAGGUCAAAGCCCUCUCGGCGCUGAUGACGUUCAAGUGUGCGUGCGUGGACGUGCCCUUCGGAGGCGCCAAGGCCGGCAUCAAGAUCAACCCCAAGGAGUACUCCGAGCAUGAACUGGAGAAGAUCACCCGCCGGUUCACUCUGGAGCUGGCUAAGAAGGGCUUCAUUGGGCCCGGUAUCGACGUGCCCGCCCCGGACAUGGGCACGGGCGAGCGGGAGAUGUCCUGGAUCGCGGACACGUACGCCAAGACCGUCGGCUUCCAGGACAUCAACGCGCACGCCUGCGUCACCGGCAAGCCUAUCAACCAGGGAGGUAUCCACGGACGAGUGUCAGCUACCGGUCGCGGAGUGUUCCACGGACUGGAGAACUUCAUCAACGAGGCCAACUACAUGAGCAUGAUCGGCACGACCCCCGGCUGGGGCGGCAAGACGUUCAUCGUGCAAGGGUUCGGUAACGUGGGCCUGCACACGUGCCGCUACCUCGUCCGCGCUGGGGCCACCUGCGUGGGGGUCAUCGAGCACGAUGGAGCCAUCCACAACCCUGACGGCAUCGACCCUAAGGCCCUCGAGAACUACCGCAUCGACAACGGCACGAUCGUGGGCUUCCCCGGCGCCAAGCCGUACGAGGGAGAGAACAUGCUGUACGAGAAGUGCGACAUUCUGGUGCCCGCCGCCGUGGAGCAGGUCAUCCACAAGGAGAACGCGCACAAGAUCCAGGCUAAGAUCAUCGCGGAAGCCGCCAACGGCCCCACCACCCCCGCAGCCGACAAGAUCCUCAUCGAGCGCAACAUCCUCGUCAUCCCCGACCUGUACAUCAACGCUGGAGGUGUCACCGUCUCCUUCUUCGAGUGGCUCAAGAACUUGAACCACGUGUCGUACGGACGACUCACCUUCAAGUACGAGAGGGAGUCUAACUACCACCUUUUGGAAUCCGUGCAAGAGUCUCUGGAGCGUCGCUUCGGGCGCGUCGGCGGCCGCAUCCCCGUGACCCCCUCUGAGUCGUUCCAGAAGCGCAUCUCCGGUGCCUCCGAGAAGGACAUCGUGCACUCCGGUCUCGACUACACCAUGGAGCGAUCUGCCAGGGCUAUCAUGAAGACUGCCGUCAAGUUCAACUUGGGCUUGGACCUGAGGACAGCCGCGUACGCCAACUCGAUCGAGAAAAUCUUCACCACCUACGCCGACGCCGGUCUCGCGUUCUAAACUUAAUAAUAGUAUUGCCUGCAUUUCGCCAACUCUCCAUUUUUAGUCCGUAUUGCACUAAGUCUAAAUGUUUAAGAAAUUAUAAUCACAGUAUUUUCGUUUCCAAUCUUGAAAUCAAUGCUUUUUUACUUUAAUAAUGAAUAUUUUACUUAAUUACCUACCUGCUUACUUAAUAAGAUUUGUAAGUGGAAUAAUGAUUGUAUUAAUGAAAUGAAAUAUGUAAGUGAAAUGUUGUUUACAAAUCACAGAAUCAUUUUUUAAUAAAAGUAUUGUUUUCCUGUUA